AACCAGGGUGGGUUGAGGAUUUCCGAUAUGACGGAUGCUAGCAGAUUAGAGGCUAGGUAGCCUCCUCCAGCCUAUGCCACGCACCGCCGCAUCUCAGUACGCGCUGGGCUCCCCGUCCUCGUUGUGGGGGAUAAGAGCAAGCCGAUGUUCCUGAAACGCAUAGCAGCAUAGAGGUUUAAACGAUGGAUUUUAAUGUGAAAAAGCUGGCGUCGGAUGCGGGUGUCUUCUUCACCCGGGCCGUUCAGUUUACAGAAGAGAAGUUGGGCCAGGCGGAGAAGACCGAGCUUGACGCUCACCUUGAGAACCUGAUUGCUCGGGCAGACUGCACCAAGAACUGGACAGAGAAGAUCUUCAGACAGACAGAGAUUCUUCUGCAGCCCAACCCAAGUGCGCGUAUUGAAGAGUUCUUCUAUGAGAAGCUGGACAAGAAGAUCCCCAUGAGGACCACUAACGGAGAGCUGUUGGGACAGUACAUGCUGGACGCCGCUAAAGACUUCGGUCCCGGAACUCCGUACGGGAGCACUCUCAUAACAGUUGGUGAGUACCAGAAGAAAUUGGGUGGGGCUGAGCGGGACUUCCUGCAGACGUCCGCCAUCAACUUCCUGACCCCUCUGCGCAACUUCCUGGAAGGAGACUGGAGGACCAUUUCGAAAGAGAGGCGACUCUUGGAGAACCGGCGUCUGGAUCUGGAUGUGUGCAAAGCUCGGCUCAAGAAGGCCAAGCUCGCUGAGGCCAAAGCUGCUGCUGCACCCGAUUUUCAGGAGACGAGGCCUCGCAAUUAUGUGCUCUCAGCUAGUGCAUCUGCGCUGUGGAGUGAGGAGGUGGACAAAGCCGAGCAUGAGUUGCGUGUAGCCCAGACAGAGUUUGACCGGCAGGCCGAGGUGACCCGCCUCCUCCUGGAGGGUAUCAGCAGCACCCAUGUGAACCACUUGCGCUGCCUGCAUGAGUUUGUGGAGGCCCAGGCCACAUAUUAUGCCCAGUGUCACAAGCACAUGCAGGAACUCCAGAAGGAACUAAGAAGUGCGAAUGGGGACUCGAUUCCGAAUGCUUUUACCGGGAGCCCCUCCACUUCGGGGGUGUUGGCCGGCCCCUCUGGCCUGUCCAACAGCUCCCUGCCUGGGGCCUCUCCGCCGGCCCGCCCGCCCGUGAGCAGUGGUCACAGCGGUCUAGAGGCCAGCACGCUGAAGAUUGAGGAGGUGCAGCCGCCUGCGACAGGCACACGCAAGGCUAAGGUCCUGUACGACUACGACGCAGCCGACACCAGCGAGCUCUCCCUAUUGGCUGAUGAGCUCAUCACCGUGUACACAGUGCCUGGCAUGGAUCCUGACUGGCUGGUCGGAGAGCGAGGCAACCAGAAGGGCAAAGUACCAGUCACAUAUCUGGAGCUGCUCAGUUAGACCUCAGUCUGGAGUCUGGACCAAUCCAAAUACACACCAAGGACUCGUGUGUGUGUGUGUGUGUGUGUGUGUGUGUGUGUGUGUGUGUGUGUGUGUGUGUGUGUGUGUGUGUGUGUGUGUGUGUGUGUGUGUGUGUGUGUGUGUGUGUGUGUGUGUGUGUGUGUGUGUGUGUGUGUGUGUGUGUGUGUGUGUGUGUGUGUGUGUGUGUGUGUGUGUGUGUGUGUGUGUGUGUGCGCGCACAUGUAUGCAUGUAUGUAUGUACAGUAUAUAUAUGCAACACACACAGACUCACAAGGACAUUAUUUAAACACACUUAUUUAUACAGUAAGUACAUACACAUUGUGUACUAUCCAUACUCAAUAGAUACACAUACGCACACAGACAGACACAUUGUGUACUAUCCAUACACAAUAGCUCAAAAACCCUCAUACACACAAGUAUGAUCUAGCUAAUACAAUACUCCUCCGUUUUUAAGAAGCUUUUGAAGAGGUAAACCACAGCAAAAUGGGAGCAGACACAACAAUUCCUUUGACCCAGAACGCAUGUGAAGUCUCAAACUGAUCCUUUAGUAGAUCACAAAUCAUUAAAUCACAGACCAUUAAGUGUAUACUCAUUCACCCAUGCAAACACACUCCUAAGUGUGUAGUUCAGUGGAUAAUGAAUGCAUUGCAGUUAUGACCCUGGGCGUAUAACAUGCUUGGACCUUUGAAUAGAAAAUGGGCCCUCACAGCCUGUAACCUUUUUUUUUUUUUUUUUUUAAUAUUUCACAUUUUAUUUUUGUGCAUUCUGCUCCCGCACAGACACCCGAUCAGUUGCGUUUGUUUAUUUAUGUUACUUUGUUGAUUUGCCGACGUGUCCUUGUGUGUGCUCCCUUGACUCUGUGAUGAUGCGUAGGCCUGCCCAACCAGGUCCACUCUCCAGCUGAGCAGCCAGUGUUUCCCAACGUGCUCGAGCGGUUGGGAUUUGUUGAUGUGCGUUUGUGAGUGGUCUGCAUUUCUUUGAUUGAAUGUGGUAUUGUAUUUCAAAUGAACAUCUCUCCUUUACACAUUUCUGUUGCACUAUUGAGCUGCUCUGUUUGAGUUGGGCUGUCUGUCUGUCACUCCUUGUUUGAUGUGGGUAUUUGUUUGGUGCAAAAAAAAAAAGAAAAAGAUUUACAGUGCUCGUUUUGACCAUAAACUUUGUAUAAUUUUUUAAAGAGUCCUGCGAUUCGUGAUUAAUUGUGAGCAUUAUUUCUCCCUUUCACUGUGAUGUUUGGUCUCUCCUGUCCUCAAAACGUUUUGUGUACUUAAUUCCUGUUCUUAAACAGAUGUGUAUGGAAUGAAAUGACUUGAAUAUAAUAAAGAUAGCUUUAUUGA